GCUUUCUGGGUAAAUUCAACUAACGAAGCCAUUAUGAUAUCUGCAACAGCAAACCAAAUCCACCCAAAGAAAAGAAAAAGAAAAUAAAUUCAAUUGAAAAAUUUAAAAAUGAAAAAAGAGAAAGUUCUGAAAAAACUAAUAAACAGUUUUUGGGAUUGCAGCUACUAAAACCUGGAGAGAAGCAGCUCGGACUAGUACUUAGGAAUCUGGAGCUGUUCUCAAGUGUUUUUGGGCAGUUCUUGGACUCAACAAGAUGUCUCAAACCAACUGGGAAGCUGAUAAAAUGUUAGAUGUGUAUAUCCACGAUUAUUUAGUAAAGAGAGAUUUAAAGGCUUCAGCUCAGGCUUUUCAAGCUGAAGGAAAAGUAUCAUCAGAUCCUGUAGCUAUUGAUGCACCUGGAGGUUUUCUCUUUGAAUGGUGGUCUGUUUUCUGGGACAUAUUCAUCGCCAGGACUAAUGAGAAGCACUCAGAGGUUGCUGCAUCUUAUAUUGAGACACAGUUGCUUAAAGCACGGGAGCAGCAGCAACAGCAACAACAGCAAUCUCAACAGCCUCAACAUCAACAGCAACAGCAGCAGCAGCAGCAGCAACAACUGCAGAUACAGCAGCUUUUAUUGCAGAGGCAUGCUCAGCAGCAGCAACAGCAACAGCAGCAGCAGCAGCAGCAGCAGCAACAACAACAGCAGCAGCAGCAGCAACAACAGCAGCAGCAGCAGCAACAGCAACAACAGCAGCCGCCCCAGCAGCCGCAGCAACCCCAACAGCGAAGGGAUGGGUCUCAUCUCCUAAAUGGCAAUACGAAUGGACUUGUUGGAAAUGACUCUCUCAUGCGUCAGCCUGCUGGAACUGCUAAUGCCAUGGCCACAAAGAUGUACGAGGAAAGACUGAAAUUGCCACUUCAAAGGGAUUCUUUGGAUGAUGCAUCUAUAAAGCAAAGGUAUGGCGAGAAUGUUGGCCAGCUCUUGGAUCCAAAUCAUGCCUCGGCAUUGAAGCCUGCAGCAGCAACCGGCCAACCUUCAGGGCAAGUAUUGCAUGGUACGGCUGGUGGUAUGCCUCCACAAGUUCAAGUUAGGAGUCAGCAAUUGCCAGGAACAACACCGGACAUUAAGAGUGAGAUAAAUCCAGUAUUGAAUCCCAGAGCUGCGGCUCCAGAUGCAUCUUUAAUAGGAAUACCAGGGUCAAAUCAAGGCGGUAGUAAUUUGACUUUGAAAGGUUGGCCAUUAGCGGGGCUGGACCAACUGCGCUCUGGGAUCCUUCAGCAGCCAAAGCCUUUUAUACAGGCUCCUCAGCCCUUUCAUCAACUUCAGAUAUUGACACCACAGCAGCAACAACUCAUGCUUACACAGCAGAAUCUGACAUCACCAUCUGGCAGUGAUGAAAGUAGAAGAUUGAGAAUGCUGUUGAGUAAUAAUCGAAACACGGGCCUUGGAAAGGAUGGCCUGUCAAAUUCUGUUGGUGAUGUGGUUCCAAAUGUAUCAUCUUUGCAGGCAGGCAGUCCGCACAUGCCUCGGACAGAUACAGAUAUGCUAGUGAAGCUAAAAUUGGCUCAGUUGCAACAGCAACAGAACAGUAACUCACAGCAGCAGCAUGCACUCUCUAAUCAGCAGUCACAGAAUGCUAAUCCAAGUCUACAUCAACUAGAUAAAGUUGGUGGAGGUGGAAGUGUCAAUGUUGAUGGUAGCAUGUCAAACUCAUUUCGAGGGAAUGAUCAGGUUUCAAAAAACCAGAAUGGAAGAAAGAGAAAACAGCCAGUGUCUUCUUCAGGCCCUGCCAAUAGCUCAGGGACAGCAAACACAGCCGGACCGUCCCCAAGCUCAGCACCUUCCACACCAUCAACACACACCCCUGGAGAUGUGAUUUCAAUGCCUGCUCUGCCUCAUAGUGGCAGUUCUUCUAAGCCUCUGAUGAUGUUUGGUGGUGAUAGUGCUGUCACACUGGCAUCUUCAUCAAAUCAGUUGUGGGAUGACAAAGAUCUUGAAUUGCAGGCUGAUAUGGAUCGGUUUGUGGAGGAUGGAUCGCUUGAUGAUAAUGUUGAAUCUUUUUUAUCCCAUGAUGAUACGGAUCCUAGGGAUUCUGUUGGCCGAUGUAUGGAUGUCACUAAAGGUUUCUCAUUUAUGGAAGUAAAUUCUGUUCGAGCAAGCAGUAGCAAAGUUACUUCUUGUCAUUUCUCAUCAGAUGGAAAGUUGCUUGCUAGUGGUGGCCAUGAUAAAAAGGCUGUAUUAUGGUACACAGACACUUUGAAGCCAAAGUCUACGCUUGAAGAACACUCAGGUUUGAUUACUGAUGUUCGAUUCAGUCCAAGCAUGUCACGACUUGCAACUUCUUCAUUUGACAAAACUGUCAGAGUUUGGGAUGCUGACAGUCCUGGGUAUUCACUUCGUAACUUUGUGGGACAUUCUGGUAAUGUUAUGUCACUUGACUUCCACCCAACUAAAGAUGAUCUUAUCUGCUCUUGUGAUUGUGAUGGUGAGAUACGAUACUGGAGUAUCACCAAUGGGAGCUGUGCAGGAGUUUUCAAGGGUGGUACAGCCCCUGGUACAGCCCAGUUGAGAUUCCAACCUCGCCAUGGAAAAUAUCUCGCUACAGCUGCUGAGAAUGUUGUAUCCAUAUUGGACACAGAGACUCAAACCUGCCGGCACUCAUUACAGGGACAUACUAAACUGAUCCAUUCUGUAUGCUGGGACCCUUCAGGUGAGCUUCUAGCAUCUGUCAGUGAGGACUCUGUUAGAGUUUGGACCUUUGGCUCAGGGAGUGAAGGGGAAUGUAUUCAUGAAUUGAACUGUAAUGGCAACAUGUUUCACUCCUGUGUUUUCCAUCCGACAUAUUCAUCGCUGCUGGUCAUUGGUUGUUACCAGCCAAACUAUUAACACUUAGGUGAAGGAAUUGGACGAGCUGAGCCAUAUGAUUGGUUUUGAUGAUAAUUGAUGGUUACGGGUUGGGAGAGAAACCAGAGUCGUUGAUGGCACGUUACCAGCUUCUGAGUGAUGAAAUAUUUGGCCCCUCCAUCCGGGGAGUAUACAAAUGUGGCCUCGCCUCGUACCGAAAAAUUUUGCAGAGCACUCCUUUGCGAGGAUAGGAUUUCAGGGCUUGAAAUUGAAACCAAAGACGGACAGUUGGUCAAGUUGUGCAUAUCCCCAGCUUCCUUCGUCUUUAUCGUCGGAGCUCUUCUCACGGUAAUGAUAUCAACAUUUACUUUUCUAGCUGCCUUAUCUACUUCGUCUCUAUCAUGUUUAUUUUUCUUCCCUUUCUACGAGAGUAACAUAUAAGGGAAAUCCUAAUUUUUUUUUGUCCGUUUAGUUAUGAUUGUAAUUCAAAUCGGAGAUCCUUAAAUUUAAACUCGGCCUUAAUACCAUUGAAU